ACAACCUCCUGUCUCUGAGCGGGUAUUUGCAAACAAGCACGACGAGAGUGACAGGUUGCAGUGCUGUGUACUUGCCCGGUCUCCCGUAUAUGGAUGUGGAUUAGCUAUAUGCUAAUACUGAGAGGAAAGGAGCAGCACAGUCGAGCGCUGCCAGUGGAGGAGGCUAUCGGAGUCUGAGCAGAGCCGGGUCCUCGACAGCUAUGGCUGAAGGUGGUGAAGGGGAAGAUGACAUUCAGUUCUUAAGAACUGAUGAUGAAGUUGUGCUCCAGUGCGUUUCCAGUAUCCAGAAAGAGCAACGCAAGUUUUGCCUGUCAGCUGAGGGACUAGGUAAUCGAUUGUGCUUCUUGGAACCAACUUCCGAGGCCAAGUAUGUUCCUCCAGACCUGUGCGUGUGUAACUUUGUGCUGGAGCAGGCCCUGUCUGUGCGAGCCCUGCAGGAGAUGCUGGCCAACACCUCUGAGAGUGCAGGUGAAGGGCCCAAAGGCCUCGACAAAUGGAGGUUUAUAAGGAAGGCAGCACAAGGAGGAGGGCACAAGACACUUCUUUAUGGCCACGCCAUUCUCCUGAGGCAUUCCUUCAGUUCAAUGUAUUUCGCAUGUUUGACUACAUCAAGAUCCCAGACAGACAAACUUGCAUUUGAUGUGGGAUUGCAAGAGGAUUCAACAGGUGAAGCAUGCUGGUGGACCAUUCACCCCGCCUCCAAGCAGAGAUCGGAAGGAGAGAAGGUGCGCAUUGGUGAUGACCUCAUCCUGGUCAGCGUCUCCUCAGAGAGGUACCUGCAUCUCUCCACUUCCAAUGGGAGCGUGCAGGUGGAUGCCUCAUUCAUGCAGUCACUUUGGAAUGUACACCUUACCUGCUCCGGCAGCAGCGUUGCUGAAGGGUACUUGCUUGGUGGGCAUGUGAUGCGUCUGUUUCAUGGUCACGAUGAGACUUUAACCAUCCCAUCAUCUAGCCAGAGCGAGGAGCAACAAGGGAUAGUAAACUAUGAAGCAGGAGAAGCCGGAGCCCGGGCUCGAUCUCUGUGGAGGCUGGAACCCCUUCGGAUCAGUUGGAGUGGAAGUCACAUUCGGUGGGGUCAGCCCUUCCGUCUUCGACACAUCACCACAGGAUACUACCUGGCCUUAACGGAGGAUCGAGGUCUGGCUCUCCAGGACAGGGAGCAGUCCGACACCAAAACCACAUCCUUCUGCUUCAGACCAUCAAAGGAAAAACUGGAGUCCAGCCCAAAGCGGGAUAUUGAAGGCAUGGGGAUAGCUGAAAUUAAAUACGGAGAUUCAAUUUGCUUUCUGAUGCACGUGGACAGCGGACUGUGGGUGUCCUACCAAGCUCCGGAUGCCAAAUCAACACGUCUGGGACCCCUGAAAAGAAGGGCUAUACUUCAUCAAGAAGGACACAUGGAUGAUGGUGUGGCGUUACAGCGCUGCCAGCACGAAGAAUUCCAAGCGGCGCGUAUCAUCCGCAACACGUCAGAGCUGUUCAGUCUCUUUAUCAGAGACCUGGACAGUCUGAGUGGAAAGAACCGAGUCUCUGUCACCCUGCCUAUUGAGGAGGUUAUGCAGACCCUGAACGACCUUAUUGACUACUUCCAGCCCCCGGAGGAGGAGGCGGCGUACGAGGAGAAGCAGAACAAGCUGCGCUCGCUGAAGAACCGGCAGAACCUCUUCAAGGAGGAGGGAAUGCUCACCUUGGUCUCGAACUGCAUCGACCGACUCAACAUCUACGACAGCGCGGUGCACUUUCGGGAGUAUGCAGGCGAGGAAGCUGGGGCCGCAUGGAAGGACAUUCUCAACCUGCUUUAUGAGUUACUAGCUGCCCUGAUUCGCGGCAACAGAAGCAACUGCACCCAGUUCUCAAAGAACCUGGACUGGCUAGUCAGCAAACUGGACCGGCUGGAGUCCUCGUCAGGAAUUAUUGAAGUCCUUCACUGCAUCCUAAUUGAAAGCCCUGAAGCCCUGAACAUCAUCCAGAGAGGACACAUCAAGUCUGUAAUCUCCCUGCUGGAGAAACAUGGACGCAAUCAUAAGGUUUUGGAUGUGCUGUGCUCUCUGUGCGUGUGCAAUGGGGUGGCCGUGAGAACCAAUCAGAACCUGAUCUGUGACAACCUACUGUCUCGGAGGGACCUGCUUCUGCAGAGCCGCAUGGUGAAUGAUGUCACGAGCAUGAGGCCAAACAUCUUCCUGGGCGUCAGCGAGGGUUCUGCCCAGUACAAGAAGUGGUAUUACGAGCUAAUAAUCGACCAGGUUGACCCCUUUGUGACCAACGAGCCCUCACACCUGCGGGUCGGCUGGGCCAACACAAAAGGGUAUGCCCCCUACCCUGGAGGUGGAGAGGGCUGGGGCGGGAAUGGGGUCGGGGACGACCUCUACUCCUAUGGCUUUGACGGGCUUCAGCUGUGGUCAGGCCGAGUGCCCCGAGUUGUGGCGUCAGUGAAUCAGCACCUGCUGACCUCGGAUGACGUGGUGAGCUGCUGCCUGGACCUGGGGGCCCCGAGCAUCUCGUUCCGUAUCAACGGGCAGCCAGUGCAGGGCAUGUUCGAGAACUUCAACAUCGACGGGCUCCUCUUCCCCGUCGUCAGCAUCUCUGCAGGAGUCAAGGUGCGUUUCUUGCUGGGAGGUCGCCAUGGAGACUUCAAGUUCCUGCCACCUGCGGGCUAUGCCCCUUGCUACGAGGCCCUGCUGCCCAAGGAGAAGAUGAGGGUGGAGCCAGUGAAGGAGUACAAGCGGGACUACGAUGGCGUUCGGGAUUUGUUGGGAACCACAGAGUUCCUGUCCCAAGCCUCCUUCGUCCCCAUGCCUGUCGAGACCGGCCAGAUCGUCUUGCCUCCCCACCUAGAAAAAGUCAGAGACAAAUUGGCAGAAAAUAUCCAUGAGCUGUGGGGUAUGAACAAGAUCGAACUCGGCUGGAACUAUGGAAAGGAAAAGGGGCAGAAGAGAAGACGAACACAGAAGAAAGAAGAGCAACCGAGUGCGCCGCGAGCGGCACGAGUAAGGGCGGGCCAAGGCCGGGCAGAACGCGAGGUGCGUUUUGCCUGGCGAAGAGGCCCGACGUAA